AUGAGUUGUGUCUGCCUGCCUCCCAGGGGCCUGCUGUGAGGGCGGGUUCUCUGAACUCAGAGACAUGCUACCCUCUCCGGGAACUGCUGUGUUCACCCCUGCUUCUGGUCAUCCCUCUUUUCAUGUUUUGUUUAGUCCCUUUCCUGUGGCAGGAGGUCUCAUUGUUGUAUCAUCACAAAAAGAUCUGUGGAGGUGAUCUGGCUUCCCCGGGUAACACAGCGCUGGUCCUGGUUAGCAUCCUGCAGCGGCUGCUGACUCAUGCUCCAGGUCUUUGAUCACAAACCAUGCUGUGUGAAAUCCAACAACUGGGUGAGGUGUGCACAUCGGAGAGCUUAGCUCUCAGGACCAGCUGGAAACCAAAGCAGAAGGGUUUUCCUAGGCCCCUCUCUGACCCACACCAGCCCCACAUGCUCCCCUGUCUCCCCCUAAAAUGCCUGCCAGUCUCCUGCAGCUCCUCCCCCCGGCUGCCCUGCUCUGGGAGGCCAAGGGCCUUGGAUCAAAUCAAAACCUACUUCAACCAUGGGGAAGGCUCAAGAGUCAUUGACUUCUUCCUCUUUGCCACUUAGCAAAUCCUGAGACCAACUCGAGCAAGCCCACCUCCUCCAGGAAGGCAUCCCGGAGGACCAUGCCUGCGUUCGAGAGCUGCUGUCUGCAAGGACGGCCCUGCAGAAACACUGGAGCCCAUCAAAUCAGGGGCUGGUGAUUGCAGCGGGAAGUGCCCAUGACCGAGCUGGCAUCCUCCGAGGGCGGGUCCCCUGCGGGGGACGGGGAGGAGGGUCUGGGGGACGAGCGAGGCCUGGUCAUCCACCACCCGGCGGAGGAGCAGCCCCACCGCUGCCCGCUGUGCGGCCAGACCUUCUCGCAGCAGCCCAGCCUGGUGCGGCACCAGAAGGCGCACGCCGGGGCGGGCCGCGCGGCCUCCUUCGUGUGCCCCGAGUGUGGCAAGGCCUUCAGCGUCAAGCACAACCUGGAGGUGCAUCAGCGCACCCACACGGGCGAGCGGCCCUUCCCCUGCCCCGAGUGCGGCCGCUGCUUCAGCCUCAAGCAGAACCUGCUCACGCACCAGCGCAUCCACAGCGGCGAGAAGCCGCACCAGUGCGCGCAGUGUGGCCGCUGCUUCCGAGAGCCGCGCUUCCUGCUCAACCACCAGCGCACCCACGCGCGCAUGCCGGCGCCACACCCACGCCGCCCCGGCGUCUUCGGGGAGCGGCGGCCCUACUUCUGUGCCCGCUGUGGCAAGAGCUUCGCACGCGAAGGCUCGCUCAAGACCCACCAGCGCAGCCACGGCCAUGGGCCCGAGGGCCAGGCGGCCCAUUUAGGCCGCGUGCUAUGAUGCCCGCAGGGCCCACCCUCGUCGGCUGUUUCCUGCCCCCGAGCCAAGUCCGAAGCCCUUGGAGAUGGCGCUGGGCUGCAGCCCCGCCUCUGGAUGGGAUUCCAGGAGACAGAGAAGGCUGGCUGGGGGGUUUGAAGGAGUGGGCCGCCCAGCUUUGCCGCCUCCUUCCACUCCGCCCCAGGACCCUCCGGUUGGCUGCACACAGCUGCUUUGGGCCCCGUCGAAGGUUUUCCUCCUCUGGCUGGCCCAGCCUAGAGCAGAUGCGGACUGGGCAGGACGUCUGGGCAGUGUGCGAGGCACAUCUGGGCACAGACACUACGAAUGCCGCCCACGGGGUCCCUGCACCCCGGCAUGAAGACGCGUGCCCUAAGAAGACCUACCUCGGGAGGUGCCCUGCAGUGACAGCAGAGGGGACCAGUGGAAUCUGGAAUUGGAGGCGUUCCUGUGUCCUGGUGGUAAACUCCCCAAACCUGUCGGGAGUCAUGGCUGGGGAAGAGCUUGUUCUGGCUUCCUGGCCACGGACGUCCACUCUCCUGUGGCAGCAGGGAACACAGCUGUGUGGAGAGCCAGCUUCUCCACUCCCACCUGGCCCACCAGAGACAGGAAGUGACUGGCCUAAGAGAACACAGCACGUUGGUAGCAGACCUGGCUCUAGAGGCACAACCUUCCUGCAAGUCUGGGUGUGAACCAGACUUGCAGGCCUCACUUGCCUUUCAGAGCAGUGCUUCGUACCUCUUUUGGGGGAGUGAAGCGCUUUGAAAAUCUGACAAAGGUUAUGAACCUUCUCCCCAGGAAAACACACAUACUCACGUAGAGGCAAGAAUCUACCAGCAAUUCCAGGAGCUCCUGGACUCCAGGCUGGAACCUCGGCUCCAGAACCCAGCCAGCACCCUUUCCUUACCUGACCUCCCGGGGCCACCAUACCAGUAGCAUUCCAUCCCCCUACUGGUCCUCCGUCCCUUGUUCAGGAAUAAAGAAUUCUGAGGAAGGGAUCCUGUUAGUCACUCUCUUUUCCCAGGCCUAAAAAGUAGUGUACCGGGCUUCUGGGGCGCCAGUCCUUGCUAGACACUGCAGGAGGCCCCCAGGGCCGGCUUUGCUGUUCCCUGGUUUGGGGUUGCUGGCUCUGGCUACUUGGCUGCUGGCUUCACAGUACAACACCGGGCUCCGAUGUCACUGCGAAGGUGGUGGGGAGAGCUGGACCUUCUGUGGAAGCUGGGAAGAAGCAGGAGUCCAGGCUGAACCUGCCCCAGGGAGAGGGCUCCAUGUCCAGCAGCCACACCCAAGUGUUCAGCCUCAGCCAGGUGUGAUAUGGGGAAGGCAGGGUGUGAGACCAGCCUUGCUCCUGGUGUUAACCAGCGCUGGGCGGGGACAGGCCAGCAGAGAAGCUGCCGAGUGUGCUGAGCAUCCAGCAGAGCAGGUGGAGGGCGAUGCCAGGCCAGCAGCAGGGUGAGGACUCCCAGUCUUCACACCUGAGCAGGUGGGCCUGGAGCCAGCUCACCAGCCUCUCCACAAUGAACUGCUCAUCAGGAAAGAGGUGAGCAGUCAGGGCUGGCGCAGGUUUGUGAUGACAAGCAGACUUCAUGAGCCUGGUUAUACUUAGUGAAACAUUUGGGAGUGGAGAGUGGCCUUUAGUCACAGAAUUUAGAUCAAAGCCCAGCGAUGUGGGUUGUGGGCGCCAUGGAGGAGUUGUGUUUAGGUGGUGGGGGGGGCCCAGGGCUGGGCUGGGCCUGCUCGGGGUUGUCGGGAGGCCCCAUGAGUUCCUGCCCUGGGGUCUUGCUUGUCCCGUUUCCAAUGCAGGUUGGCGCAGAGGUUCUUGCUGACCAUCUGCCACGCGCCCCGUCCUGGAGUAACAGACACUGGGGGUGGGGGUGGGGUGGGAGGAGGAGGGAGCAGGUCAGAGAAGAGCAAGCCGGUCAGGCACCAGGCGCUUCCACUCUGGUCCUUGGCCAGCGAGCAGGGGACCUCACAGACUCACCCCUUCCCUCGUGAUUGUAGCUCGUCUCCUGCCUCCCCUGUAACUGUGCCUCCUCCUCCCUGCCUCUGCCUGCCCUGAAUUGCUCCGAAAUGUGUCCCCCCUCCGCCCCUCUAAGCCCUCUUCUCCACCAGGCCUGGCUUCCCUAACCGUUUCGUUCCUCCUAACCAUCCGACAGGAUGUGUGUCGAAACCCCCUCUCACCCUGGCUAUUGCGUGCAGUCUGUACUCCAGCUUCCUCUGUGUGUGUGUGUGUGCAUAUGUGUGUGUUUGUGGCUUAAAUCUCCAACCAGACCAUGAGCUCCCUCAGGGCAUGGGAUGUGUCAUUUCUUCUUGAACCCCAGUAGAGUCUAGCACAGGUCUGGGCACUUAACACUCAGGACAGACUUGCUGACUGGCUGAUGGGUCAAGUCCUGGAGGUUUUCGGGGGCUGGUGAUUGGAGGUGCAAAAGGGGAUAGGGCAUGUGAGUUCACUAGUGGGGGCAUUUUAUUGGGCUCUGGGCUAGCCCCCCUGGGGUAAUAAUGACCAUAGGAGGCCUCAGGAACCCCCUACGUGGGGCAGUGGGUCAGGAGAGACCCCCCCAAGGCUACACAGGAUUGUGCGUAAAUGGUCGUCCAGGCUGGAUAUUUCCAUAGGUCACUGACACCCACCGGAGCUGACCGAGUGGAAUAAAUGUUCUGUUG